GGGUAGGUUGGUAAUUUCCUGCGACUGUGAUGUGUGAGAGAUGAGUUUGUUUAUAGCGCGGUCGUUAAAUUUGUUUGAAAAAAAGGGUGAAAAAUGUAGAGUGAACUGCAACUAACAAAUUAAGAGGGAGACGCUAUAUCUUCUCCUCAUUGUUUCAAAAGCACAUUCUCACCAUUUUCAUGCUUUCACCGUUUUCCUUUCUCUUCUUUAACUACGCAUCUUGCUGCAGCUCAACAAUUUUCAACUUCGAUUUUCCUUUCGUCACCUUCUCUUCUCUUGCUGUUCGAUUUCAGAUUGCGUUUGCGCAGCCGCAGAUAAUGAUUGGGGGUUGAAAGCUUUGGUGGCCCUUGUGUUCCAUACCAUCCCAGCAAUAGUACAAAACAAAAUUCAGAAAACAACUUAAAAAGUAAUAAAAUAACUGAACGUCGAAGUGGCCUUUUGGGGUGCUUUGUAUUCAGGACAUGAUCUCAUUGUCAAACUGGGGGCAUUGAAGUUUUACAGAGAAAGUAGAGGAAAUGGGUUCCAUUGCAGAGGAGGCAAUGCAAGGCUCAGCAGGCAGUGAGGAGAGGAUUCUUGUUUCUGUUCGUGUGAGACCUUUGAAUGAAAAGGAGUUCUUAAGAAAUGAUCUGUCUGAAUGGGAAUGCAUUAAUCACACAACCAUCAUGUACAGGAGCAACCUUUCAGCUACAGAAAGGUCCCUGUAUCCAACAGCUUAUACAUUUGAUCGAGUAUUUAGUAUUGACAGCGAUACAAGGCAGGUGUAUGAAGAAGCAGCUAAGGAAGUUGCUCUUUCAGUUCUCAGUGGCAUCAACUCAAGCAUUUUUGCAUAUGGACAAACAAGCAGCGGAAAAACAUACACCAUGAGUGGUAUAACAGAGUACGCUGUAGCAGAUAUUUUCAACUACAUUGAACAGCACAUGGAAAGGGAUUUUGUGUUGAAGUUUUCGGCAUUGGAGAUCUAUAAUGAAUCUGUCAGGGAUCUCCUUAGCGUUGACAGUACACCUCUCAGACUUCUUGAUGAUCCAGAGAAAGGGACAGUUGUUGAGAGACUCACGGAGGAAACUGUAAGGAACUGGAACCAUUUUCAAGAACUCAUUUUUUUCUGUGAAGCUCAAAGGCAAAUAGGGGAGACCGCACUGAAUGAAGUGAGCUCCAGAUCUCAUCAGAUUCUUAGACUGACAGUUGAAAGUUCUGCAAGUGAAUUUAUGGGAAAUACGAACUCCUUUGCCGCUUCUGUGAAUUUCGUCGAUCUUGCUGGGAGUGAACGGGCAUCCCAAACUAAUUCAGCUGGUACGAGGUUGAAAGAGGGUUGCCACAUAAACCGUAGUUUACUAACUCUAGGAACUGUCAUCCGCAAACUGAGCAAGGGGAGAAAUGGACAUAUUCCUUUCAGAGAUUCAAAGCUAACCCGCAUACUGCAGUCCUCAUUAGCAGGCAAUGCUAAAACUGCAAUCAUCUGCACCAUGAGCCCUGCAAGGAGCCAUGUUGAACAAACCAGAAACACCCUUUUAUUUGCUAGUUGUGCUAAAGAAGUGACAACCAAUGCAAGAGUCAACGUAGUGAUGUCUGAUAAGUUGUUGGUCAAGCAACUGCAAAAAGAGUUGGCUAGACUGGAAAGUGAGUUGAAAAUUUUAAGGCCAACGAAACCUGAUUCGUCAGCAUUGCUGAAGGAAAAAGAUCUCCUAAUUGAGAUGUUAAAGAGAGAGGUAAUGGAUCUGAGGAUGCAGCGGGACCUUGCUAAUUCUCAAAUUAAGGAUAUGCUUCAAGUGGUUGGAGACGAUACGUCCUCAAGUGAAUUGGACAGUUUGGGUCAUCAGUAUCCCAAAUUACGUGUGCGAAGUUCAUUUGACUUUGAAAAUCGAACUACCGAGCCACCAAAUUCGUUAAGUUUUGACUGCAUUGAGAGUAUCAGAUCUUUUGAUGCAUCUCAAUAUUCGGAUGGACAUAGCAAUAGUUCUGAUGAGAACUAUUUCCAACUCCCUGAUUUGGAAAAGAGUCUUCCCGUAAGGAUUUCUUCUCCUGUGCUUUCUGUUGAAAGUCUUGAUGAUGCAGAGAAUGAUUUGGAUCAGAAAAGUGUUGAAGAACAGCACCAAGAUAAUUUAGAGGAAGGUUGCAGGGAAGUUACGUGCAUUGGGUCAGAAGACACAAUUACAAACACCCGUAAACAUUCAAAUUCAGCAGAUAGAAGUAAAAUUUUAUACACAGAGUCUGUUGCAUCAUCUCCAACCGUCUCAGGAUUAACCGAAGUUGGUAACAGAGACAAAGGAAAUCCAGAUAUGUGGUCAGCUGGGCUAAAGGACAUAAUUACAAACACCCAUAAACAUUCAAAUUCAGCAGAUAUAAGUAAAAUUUUAUGCAGAGAGUCUGUUGUAUCAUCUCCAACCGUCUCAGGAUUAACCGAAGUUGAUAACAGAGACAAAGAAAAACCAGAUUUGUGGUCAGCUGGGCUAAAGGAUAACAAAGAAAUAAACAGCUUAGAAGAACGUUUUGUUGUUCCCUCUUCAGAGAAAAUAUCUCGAUCGCUGACACAAAGUGGUGCAUCUAGUUCUAAAACCGUGAAAUUAACCAGAAGUAGAAGUUGUAAAGAGACUCUCAUGAGAGAUACAUCUUCAGAUUGGUUUGACCAAGAAGAAAUGAUUCAGAACACAACCCCAAUAGGAACCGAAAAAGACUUCACUCGAGCACCAGAGGACCCUCAGAAGAAGACUUCGACACCCAAUUAUAAUGCCAAUUCUGAGAGGUUAUCAUGGGAUGAUCACGAGAAUUCCCAGGAAAGUACUGCAGAUAUUCAGAAUACGAAAACCUACAUUGAUAACGAAAGUUGUGACGAUAAUUCAUUACCACCGGGAAAAAAGGAAAAAGAUGAUCUUGAAAGUUCAAAUCUGCAAGCGAACCCCGAGGUUCCAGCGAAUGAAUUGCAGUCCGAUAAUACUCCAAAGAAGUUCAAAGAUGUUGGUUCGAACCCAUUGCAAUCUGAGGAAGAAAAACAGGUGGAAUGGUCUUCAGAAUUUAAGCGGCUGCAGAAACAGAUUAUUGGACUCUGGGAUGCUUGUCAUGUUUCAUUGGUUCACAGGACUUACUUUUUCCUUCUAUUCAAAGGAGACCCAUCAGAUUCUAUCUAUAUGGAAGUAGAGCUCAGAAGGCUGUUCUAUCUCAAGCAAACUUUUGCCAAAGGGAAUCAGACUGUGGAAGACGGAUAUAUCCUUAACGCUGACACAAGCCAUAGGUAUCUGAGAGCUGAGAGACAGAUGUUGAGCAAACAAAUGGAGAAGAAGCUGUCAAAAUCUGAAAGAGAGAAUUUGUAUAUUAAAUGGGGAGUUAGUCUAAGUUCAAAGUAUAGAAGGUUGCAGCUAUCCCAUCGCUUGUGGUCAAAAACAGAUGACAUGGACCACAUUAGAGAGAGUGCCACCAUUGUUGCAAAGCUGGUUGGUUCAGUAGAGCCAGAUCAGGCUUUCAAGGAGAUGUUUGGGCUCAAUUUUGCCCCCCGGACCCCAAAAAGGAGAUCUUUUGGUUGGACAACUAGUAUGAAGAAUAUUUUGUAAGCUUUGAUUGUCAAAGCAAAUUAUUCUAUAGGAAGUUUGAUUUGGCCAUGUAAAAUUUCCCCCUUUGGCUCCAUUUAACAUAGGACAUUUCUUUUUUUUUUUCAACCUUCUAAAAACAAUCUCAUCUCUUUUUUAUGUUUCUAACUUCAAUUGCUGCUUGAUUGUAAAGAGUUUAUCAGGAUUUGCAAUUCCAAGUUACAGAGUUC